GAAGAAACGCGGCGCGGGCGGCUGCGGCCCCUCCCUGGCGGCCGGCGCGUCUGCUACUUCCCUCGCCUUUCUCAACUCUUUGAAACCGUCCUCAAAUCACUGCCUCUGGAUGGCUCACGUUUUGGUUCACACUAGGGAAGAAAAACUGAUUUAGUAAUCUAAAUGGACUCCAUACUGAAUUACAACUUGGAAGAUACUGAAGAUUACUACAUAUUACUGGGAUGUGAUGAAUUGUCCUCGGUUGAACAAAUCCUGGCAGAAUUUAAGGUCAGAGCCCUGGAAUGUCACCCUGACAAGCAUCCUGAAAACUCCAAAGCUGGUUUUUCAGAUGUGAAUUGUUUGCACCUUCGUUUCCGCUGGUCUGGAGAUGCUCCCUCAGAACUCCUGAGGAAAUUCAGAAACUAUGAAAUUUGAAAUGUUUCUGCUCAACAGGAGAGAGAGAGCAAGACCAUGUCCUGUGCCGCCAAGAAAUCCUAAAAAUGUGUUUGUUCAGGUCUUAAAAAUGUCGUGUUUAUGUCAUAUUUGUGCAUCUCUGCCCUCAGAUUGAUUCCUCCAUCCUGGAACUCAUUCUCACAAUGUUUUUUAAGUGAGGAAAUUUCCAGAUUGGUUUCUUUUAAUGUUUGAAUAAAUUAAGGUCCUUAGAUCGAAAGUAGCUUGUAUUAUGUGCAUUUUCCUGUUCGUGUUAUUUUUAGAAGUCCAUUUAAAGAUUCUAUCUCUGUAUUUAAAUAUUUCAUUGGUAUAUUGUGGUCUCUAUUAGUGCUGGGUAUACAAGAAAUGCUUUCUGACUCCUGACUUAUGAUGAAAUAUGAAAUUACUUGUUUAAACCCACAGGGUAAAAUAAAUAAUUUACCCAAAGUUCAUAAUUCAACUGUAUUUUGAGAAUAAUUUGAGUAGUUAUUUCUACUUUAAUUUUAAUGAUUAUAAAUUUAAGAAAUUUGAGGAAAUAUGUUUUUAUAAGAUUUCUUUUGUUAUAUAGCAAGGGAUAAAUUUAUAAGUUCUGUUCAAACUAUGAAAAUGGGCUGUUAGGUAAAACAUACUUUUUAGGUUGGGGUUAUUGAUGGCCAUGUGUGGUUUAUGGUUACUUUUUAGUUGCAAACAAGUGAAUUAAAAAUUAAGAAGAAAAACAAUUUUAGAGCAGAGGUUCUUUAGUCAAUGACAGAGUUUUCACUGGUCUACUGCAAAAUGAGAAAAAUAAAAUUAAUUCUUAAAAAGCUAAA